CUUYGUGUGUUGUWCAUGUGGACGUGCUCCUCUCCCGUAGAGCGGAACUGGGCCAUCCACGAGAGUAUUCACACGAAGAAGCGUAACAGGUUGAUGUUCCCAAAGGUCGCGAAGUUGGUGGAGAUCACGGCCAACACGCGACUUUUAGCUCUCCAGAGCGGUGGUGGAGGUUUGGUUCUUCCAUGGACUCAGGAUGAGUCCAUACUGGAUGUCGAGGGUGGCUUGGAGGUAGACGCUGUAUGCAAGGGGGUGGACCACAGCAUACCCGAGGAGGACCGCGAUGCGCAGGCGCAGUUGUGGCGGCGGGAUGCUUGUGGGUCACGACCACUGCCUCCCGUUGAGGAUGUGUUCGGGGUUCUUGCUGCCACUUUGAGGCCAUACCCGAGAGAUGACUCGAGUGGAGAUGAGCGCGAGGAGGCAAAUGAGGGUUUCCGGCCCUGCAGUGCUGGUGCUGCCCGGCGUGCCGAGGACGACAAUGACAGUUGGAGUGACCCUGGGGAGGUUCGCCGGCGUAGCGGUGGCAAAGAUUUAUUCGAGGACACAACUAGGGGCAGGUUUGGAGUCGAGGGAUGCUGGGACGGAUCUGGGAACCCUCUUGUCGAGCUGAUUCCUCAUACCUCAUCGUCGAUCGUACAUAGGGCAGAGGAGGACAUAGCGGGCAUGCGAGGAGCCCAUCACAGACAGGGUCCGACAGGCAGCGGCGAGGAUUUAGAAGGGCGUGGAGGAGGGGGAGCGGAGAUCGGAGACGCAGGACAUGAUCGUCCGACAAACGACAACAGGGCGAUAGGCACCGGAGAUGUGGCCAGAGGUGUUGCUUGGUCGCUAGGGGACAUUGGGACGCUAGGCGCUCUACCUGGUAGUAGCAUGGGUCAUGCGGAGCAGUUUGAUGAUGCCCAUCAUGAGGGGGUGCCACAAGAUGAGGCAGUUGGCGGUGGGGACCAUGCUUUGGAAUCAGCGUUCAUGCGCGAUUUCAUGGCCGAGCUAGAGGCCACUCUGCCAUCCAUGAUGGAGGGUGAGUCUAUUGUUGCGCGACGGGCCGACGACGAGGAUGUUCGGCCUCGGCCACAGACAGUUCACAUGGGAGUGCCUGCACCCGACACCGAGGAGGAGCGGAUGGCUCGAGAGGCAAGGGAGGAUGAGGAGGAGGCCGCAAGGGCCAAGGCCCUAGCUGAUGCUGAACCACACACACAGGCCAUGGCACGUGACAUGGAGGCCAUGCUUCAGUUAGAGACUGGGGGAGAAGGACUGCGAGGCGAUGUGGCGGAGGAUGACCGGCUGGAGGCAGCUGCCCACAUUUCACAUGCGGCUCGAGAGAUAGACGACGAUGCACCACUGCCCGAUAUCGACAGCGCACCAAUCGUCCCGCCACCACCAGACGGAGACGUGGACGCCGUUGCAGUGGCACACGACAGAGAGGCGCACGGCGAGACAGUGGUUCAGUCCACUUUGGCAGAGGAUGAUGCUGCUCAGGCGGUGACCCCUCAGAUAGUCGAUGGUGUAGAUACGGCUUUGUUGGGAGAUCUAGGAGCGGUACCAGGGGGAGAUGUGCAGGAUGAGGAGGCAGUUGGGAGUCCAGCGGCGGUGGGGGGAGAUGCAGAGACAGGGGAGGACAAGGUUCGGGAGGUACAUGGAGAUGUGGGUGCGCCCUCGACUAUACCUGAGCAGCCACGAGGCAGUUUGAUGUUCGGCGCGAUGACUGUCGAUGAGUUCUGCGCUUGCCUUGCGACUGAUCUCACAGAGACGAGACGUGGAGUGAGGAUCGGCUCAAAGAAAGGCAAAGCACUACUACCACGCGUGCAGUCCGUUUCAUGGGGCCCUGCUAGCCCGACACCGCCAUCAGACGCUUCGGUAGCGGUGGGUGCCUUGGGAGUUGGUGCGGCACAGUCCCCUCCCAGUGUGGCACGAGAUCACGGGACACGACCUUCUGCGCCAACCUCAGCGGUGGGCAGGCCUCGAGAGCGUGGACAGGCGACAGCAGGGGCCGUGGCUUCUUUACUUGGCCGCACUGACAUUCCUUGGAGCAACACGAGGAGGUCGACCGCGGGUACCAGGAAGAGGCAGCCCGGGUUGGGGAGGAGACACUCGUCCACAUCAUCGACAAGGGAGGUGCAUGCUGCUGGGUUCGAGCAUCGUGGCGGGUCGGGUGCUGAGGUUGAGGGUGCGGGCGGACGUGGAUCUGCAGUGCCCGGCGCACGAGUGUCGACUCACGGAUUGAGGGAGGUUUCACAGAUCCUCGGGGCAGAUGUGUUGGGGCCUCCCAGGACACAGCGACCGCUACCCAGACGAGCAUCACGCCUGGACGGCGAGACCACCGGGAGCGAGGGGUUGGAGAUGAUGCGAGGGAGAUGUCGCACGGACACCCUCUUAGCGGCGUCGCAGAGGGAGAUGAGACUGGAUGGCGUCACGGUGGUUGACGACGAUCACACUGACGCCGCUGCAGAGGAGGCUGACAGAGAGGAGGACCUGUCGAUACACGAGGCACGGCUGGCGACCUUGGAGCGUGGAGAGCGGCGGGGCACGAGCCCCCGCACACGCCCUGGACGCCAUUGACUUUUUGGUGAUUGUCAGUGGUCAGCGGCACGACCGCAUUACGUAG